CCCCCCAGCAGCAGUGGCAAGGGAGCAACCUCCACGCCUUCCCCUGGCAUGCCUGAUGGAGCCGCAGCAGGGGGGGCAGGCGGCAGGGGAGGGGGAGGCGGGCUGCUGCGUGUGGCAGUGGAUGUGGACGAGGAGCAGCACGAGUGGGCUGUCACCGUCACCGCACACAACCUCUUCGCACCCGUGGUGGAGCGGCUGCUGGAGAUUCCCCUGGAUUGGUUCGGCGGCAGACUCGAUGGGCAGGUGCACCUGUGGAUGGGAGCGGGGGAUUCUUUCCCCAACUUCAAGGGCCGAGUUGACGUCAGAGACCUUGCUUUCCAAAUAUGGGAGUCACCCUGUGCUUUCACUGGCGUGCAAGGCGCGGUGGUGCUGGAGGGGCAGCGGCUGUUUCUGCACGGCGUGGAGGGGCGGUACGGCCACGUGCCGCUGCGGGCGUCGGGGGACAUGGACCUCAACCAGAGCGGGGGGGGGCAGUACCGCAUCUCCGCCCAGGUUCAACCUGUGGAGGCGAAUCUGCUGAUGAAGACUCUCAACGCCAAGCCCUUGCCAUACCCGCUGGCAGGACGGCUGCAAGGACUGCUCUUCUGCCGCGGGCCUCUCGAUGCGCCGUUAUUUGAGGGCACUGCUGAGCUGGCAGCAGAGCCUGCUGAUGUGGACGCGGCAGUUGCUGCUGUGGCGGGGUCGGAUGCAGCGGAGGCAGUGGCGGCGUGGCGGCAGGAGGGGGGGUGGGGGCGUAUGACCGCGUGCCCUUCUCUUCUGCGUCUGCCAACUUCACCUUCAACACUGACGACUGUGGCUGAGCUGCACGGGGUGCGGGCGGUGCCGGUGGGAGGAGGGGAGAUUCGAGGGGCAGGCACACUGUGGGUCUGCCCUCAGGCGGAGGUGGACCCGUCGGCAGUGAAUGUGGACUGCUGGGCGUCGGGCGUGUCUCUGGACCGCCUGCUCGCCUUCUACCUGCCGUCAACCGCCGCCCCGCCCCCCUCGCUGCUGGGCCUUGCGUCUGGCGAAGCAGGCUUCAGAGGCUCCCUGCUCUCCCCCACGGUGGAGGCGGUGUGGAAGGCCCCUCAGGCGCGGGGUCCACUGGAGGGCAUGCAGGGCUCGCUGUCUCUCUCACGGGACACCGCCCACGCCGCCACCCACGCGCACGCCCUGGACCUCCUCGCCUCCGCCUCCCUCUCUGCCCCUCCCCCUGCCCCUCUCCCCCGCGCCCACGCCGCAGCGCCUCACGCCCGUGGCCAGUGCUGUCGCUUGACCUGCCAGCACUGCCCCCACGGCCGCGCCUGGAGCGCGUGGAGAGUGACGUGCGCCUGCGCGCCUUCGACGCCCUCGCCCUGCUGCCCGCUGCCCCCCUGCCGCUGCCACCACCCCAGCCAUCUCUGCGCCACCUGCGGCUGUCGGGACGCCUCAAGCUGUCUGCGCGCGUGCCGUGGGGGAAGAGGUGCAGGCUGGCAGGGAGGGCGAGGCAGGGGGAGGGGAGGGGCAGGAGGCAGGGUUGCCAGGGCUGGAGGGGAGUGUGCUGAUUCAGGGGCUGAAGCUGAACCAGCUGCUGCUGGGGGCGAACCUCUCAGGCGCCGUGGCGGUGAGUCCAGGCGGCUUCAACCUGCACACCGUGGGGCGCGGCGAUGAGCACCUCAUGCUGCAGCUCUCAGCCAAUGGCGUGCUGCCACCUAUCCCUGCCGUCCAGUCCACCACAUCCUCCUACAUGCCACAGGCACAAGCCUCUGUGGCGGCCUUUCCUCUGCCCGAUGCAGCAGCGGCAGCAAGCAGUGCGGAUGGUGCCCUAGGGCCGGGCAUGGCAGGGGGCGU